AUGACAAAAACUGAUGUUUCAGGUAUUGAUGAUGCCUUUUGGAUAUCAUAUGCCGAUACAACUCUCCAUUUGGGGAAGAAAAAAGAUUUUAGUAGCUCAAUAUUCAAGACGAUCAAUAAAUACUUGGAGAGUUUGAAAUUUGAUAAGGUUUCGGCCACAGAGAUUCAAGCUUUAAUGAAUUCUCCUUUUACUGAUGGUGAUUUGAUAAAGACAUUCCAUUUAAUAAGAUAUUUCCAAUUGAGUAAGAAAGGUUUGUUCAUAACUAAUGAUUCCUUCGAUAAAUCUGGGAAUCCAAUAAGAUUUGUAGGGGCUGAUAAUUGGGAAAGCGUAAUGUGUUAUAUGGAUUCACUUCUAUUUUCAAUGUUUGCUAAUCUUGAUUCAUUCGAACCUAUACUUUUCAUAUCCAAUCAAUUUCAAAAUCCCUUAGUUAACAGGUUAUCGAAUUUACUUCGAGUUUAUGUCAAUUUGUUGAGAUCAGGGAAUACUAUCAAGAUUGAUUUGACAAUUAAGAUCUGUCAGACUUUAAGUAAGUUAGGAUUUUCCGAAGCUAUGUCACACAAACAGCAAGAUGCUGCUACAUUAUUUGAAUUUUUGACAGAGAUUUUGAGUAUGCCGUUGUUAACCUUCAAAAUAGAUAUCAAACAUAGUGGUAAAUUCAAUGAAGCCGAUGAUAGGAAGUAUUCUAAGGAAAGAAUGCUUUUCGUAAGUAUCCCUGACGAUGGAGAAGACGGAGAAAGCGAUGAUGUGAUUUUACUUGAAGAGUGCCUUGAACAUUAUUUCAAUAAUUCCAUCACUGUGAUGAGAGAAUUAGAAAGAAGAGCAACUUUGGAUGGAGCUAAAAGACCAACUAUCGAUGAAUUAAGUGAAUUAUCCAAUGAACAACCAAGCUUUGCCAGCAAAAAUAACACUCGAGUUGAGGUAAGAACACGAUCCUCCACCCUUUCUAUCUGGACCAUUGAUGGUGAUAAGAAGGAAAAGCCUAAAGAGGUAAGUUUACCCGCAUGGAUGUUUUUAAGACUUUUACCCUUUUAUACUGACGAUAAUAAUGUUUCUAUCACCAAUAGUGGGAAUGUUAACAGUAUAGCUAAAAAUUCCAAAGAAUUUGCUAAUAGAAGACCAGUUUUACCAAUAUGUUUAAAGAGGUAUUCUUAUGAGAAUCAACGAGCCAAUAGACUGAAAAAGAAGAUUGUUAUCCCACCUAUUAUCAACUUACCUCAAUUUGUAGCUGAUGAAGAUGACGAUAAAAAUUCUGGUAAUUAUAAGUUAAUCUUGGAAAGUGCUAUAUGUCAUAGAGGUACAUCGAUUUCUUCAGGGCAUUUUGUUUCAGCAGUAAGAAAGAAUUAUCACAAAAUCAAUGAAACAGAAGAAGAAGCUUUAGAAGCUCCUUGGUUUCUUUAUGAUGAUAUGCAUAAACCUAAAGUUGUGGAUAAAUCAUUUAAAGAUUUAUUUAGUGAAGAAUGGCCAUACAUGUUAUUUUAUAGAUUAAUUUCCAUUGAAGAGACAUCAAGCAGGUCCAGUAUCAAUUCCGACAAUUCCAAGAUUAUUAUCCCUGAAGGAUCAAAGAAUUCUUACUGGCAAGAACCAGUAUUAUCACCAAUUCUAUCUGCUACUGCUUCACCCAAUCAAUCUCAGAAUCCAUCAACUGUUGCUUCAGGUGUUAAUUCCCCGGAGUUAAAACCAGUUCACAACAACGCCAUCCUGAAAACAGUGUCCAAUAAUAGCCAGACAAGUAUCCCAAUACCAGACAUUUCACCUCUGGAUAAAGCAUUCGUUGAUAUAAGACAAAGAUAUUACUGGUACAUACCUGACGAUGAUAUGAAUUAUUAUAAAGAGUUUUCAAUUUCUACACAUAGUACUAGAAGACCGAGUCUUACAGCUCAAUUCCGUAGAAAUAGUCAAUGGAGUGAUACCCUACUAUUAUCAGAUGUCAAUAAGAAAUUAGAUAACCUACCUAAAACAGAGAAUAACGUACUGAUAGAGACUUCAAUGUCCAAUUUGAACUUGCUGGAAAAGUCAGAACCCUUGGACGUUAAAGAUAAGAAACACCAUCAUUUCCAUUUACAUUCAGAUGAUCAUAAAAAAGCAAAGAAAAAAAGAGAUCACUACAAGAGAGACAAAUGCAUAAUUACAUAG